AUGGCUCACCUGCGAAGACACCAGCAAGUUCACACUGGGGAGAAGCCAUUCCUCUGCUCAGACUGUGGGAAGAGAUUCACUGAGUCAUCCAGUCUAUUGGUACAUCAGCGUGUUCACACUGGGGAGAAGCUGUUCACCUGCUUAGACUGUGGGAAGGGAUACACUCAGUCAUCCCACCUACAUCGACAUCAGCGAGUUCACACUGGGGAGAAGCCGUUCCUCUGCUCAGACAGUGGGAAGAGAUUCACUCAGUCAUCCAACCUACAGAGUCACUUGCGAGUUCACACUGGGGAGAAGCCGUUCACUUGCUCAGAAUGUGGGAAGCGAUUCAUUCAAUCCUCCACCCUACAGAGACAUCAGCGAGUUCACACCGGGGAGAAGCCAUUCACCUGCUCAAUCUGUGGGAAGGGAUUCACUCAGUCAUCCAACCAACAAUGUCAUCAGCGAGUUCACACUGGGGAGAAGCCGUUCACCUGCUCAGAAUGUGGGAAGCGAUUCACUCGGUCAUCCCAACUACUGGCACAUCAGUCAGUUCACAAUGGGGAAACCCCAUUCACCUGCGCAGAAUGUGGGAAGGGAUUCACUAAGUCAUCCACCUUACUGGUACAUCAGCGAGUUCACACUGGGGAGAAGCCGUUCACCUGCUCAGUCUGUGGGAAGGGAUUCACUCAGUCAACCCACUUACAGAGACACCAGCGAGUUCACACUGGGGAGAAGCCGUUUACCUGCUCAGAAUGUGGGAAAAGAUUCACUGAUUCAUCUGCCCUACAGAAGCAUCAGCGAUUUCACACUGGGGAGAAACCGUUCACCUGCUCAGCAUGUGGGAAGAGAUUCACUGAUUCAUCCACCCUACGGAAGCAUCAGCGAGUUCACACUGGGGAGAAGCCGUUUACCUGCUCAGAAUGUGGGAAGAGAUUCACUCAGUUAUUCAAUCUACAGAGACAUCAUCGAGUUCACACUGGGGAGAAGCCUUUCACAUGCUCAGUCUGUGGGAAGAGAUUCACUGAUCUAUCCACCCUACUGAGGCAUCAGCGAGUUCACACUGGAGAGAGGCCGUUCACCUGCUCAGAGUGUGGGAAGGGAUUCACUCGGUCAUCCCACCUACUGGCACACCAGCAAGUUCACAUUGGGGAGAAGCCAUUCACCUGCUCAGUCUGUGGGAAGGGAUUCACUCAGUCAUCCAACCUACAGAGUCACCAGCGAGUUCACACUGGGGAGAAGCCGUUCGCCUGCUCAGUCUGUGGGAAGGGAUUCACUCAGUCAUCCAAUCUACAGAGACAUCAUCGAGUUCAUACUGGGGAGAAGCCGUUCAUCUGCACAGUCUGUGGGAAGCGAUUCACUGAUCCAUCCACCCUACUGAGUCAUCAGCGAGUUCACACUGGGGAGAAGCCGUUCAUCUGCUCAGAAUGUGGGAAGAGAUUCACUGAUUCAUCCACCCUACGGAAUCAUCAGCGAGUUCACACUGGGGAGAAGCCGUACACCUGCUCAGUCUGUGGGAAGGGAUUCACUCAGUCAUCCCACCUACAGAGACACCAGCGAGUUCACACUGGGGAGAAGCCGUUCACCUGCUCAGAAUGUGGGAAGAGACUCACUGAUUCAUCCGCCCUACUUUGUCAUCAGCGAGUUCACACUGGGGAGAAGCCGUUCACCUGCUCAGAAUGUGGGAAGAGAUUCACUGAUUCAUCCACCCUACGGAAGCAUCAGCGAGUUCACACUGGGGAGAAGCCAUUUAACUGUUCAGAAUGUGGGAAGAGAUUCACUCAGUUAUCCAAUCUACAGAGACAUCAUCGAGUUCACACUGGGGAGAAGCCGUUCACGUGCUCAGUCUGUGGGAAGAGAUUCACUGAUCUCUCCACCCUACUGAGUUAUCAGCGAGUUCACACUGGAGAGAGGCCAUUCACCUGCUCAGAGUGUGGGAAGGGAUUCACUCAGUCAUCCCAACUACUGGAACACGUCAAUUCAUAGCGGGGAGUGGCCGUUGUUAUGAAUCCCUAGGUUUCGUUUGCUGUGGACUGUCAUUUUAAGAGAGAGAAAUUAAGAAGGAGUAUCAGUUUGACUUGCAGCUUGUUUACAUCGGUCGCAGCUUGUUUAGUUUUAACCGAGGACACAGACACUCAGAGUCAGACGGAGACGGAUGAAAAAUGAAAGGAUUGAAACCAGGGAAAUAGUGGCCAAAGGUCACUGUUUAGAACAUUCCUAUGCCCACAAGGGUGGGUUAAUUAUCCAUUCACCGUACAUCGAAUGUGUGGUUGUCACCUCAUUUAACCCAUAGGAGUGGAUCUGAUUUGGGAUAUCCUGUUUAGACCACUUAUGUGUUAACCCUUGCCUGUGUGUGAUGUGGUCAUUCAUUUGAAGAUGAUACCCCUCAUGACAAGUCACAUUCGGUGAUAAUUCGUAUGUAGAUUUGUAAAGAUGAUGGAUAAAAUCUACAGCAACUGUUCUCUCAUUUUAACACUGUGGAACCUGCAGAACAGACAGACAGACAGACGUACUUUAUUGAUCCUGAGGAAAAUUGAGUUUCGUUACAGCCGCACCAUCCAAGAUAGUGUAGAAAUAUAGCAAUAUGAAACCAUCAAUAAUUAAAUAAUAAUAAGUUAAUCUUUGCAAGUGGAAAUAAGUCCA